AUGUCUACUGAGUUUGAGGACGUUCUCACAAACCAACCCGUAGUCAUUGAUAACGGGUCGGGGACAAUCAAGGCAGGGUUCGCUGGUCAAGAUCACCCAAAAUGUUUCUUCCCGUCUUUUGUGGGCAGGCCCAAACACAUACGUGUAAUGGCAGGCGCGCUUGAAGGGGACGUGUUCAUAGGUCGUAAAGCACAAGAGUUUCGAGGACUUCUAAAGAUCAAAUACCCCAUGGAACAUGGAAUCGUUACCGACUGGGACGACAUGGAGCGAAUAUGGAGCUGGGUCUAUGCCGAGGAGCUUGGAACGCUCAGCGAGGAGCAUCCUGUCCUUCUAACGGAGGCGCCAUUGAACCCGCGACACAAUCGAGACGUCGCUGCCCAGAUCUUCUUUGAUACUUUCAAUGUCCCCGCUCUUUUCAUCUCUGUACAAGCUGUGCUAUCAUUGUAUUCUUCAGGACGAACAACAGGUAUCGUUCUGGACUCGGGAGACGGUGUUACGCAUGCAGUACCUGUAUUUGAGGGUUUCUCUAUGCCGCAUGCUAUCCGACGGGUAGACGUUGCAGGACGCGAUGUGACAGACCAUCUGCAACUUCUUCUGCGCAAGUCCGGGCAUCAUUUGCACACUACGGCAGAGCGAGAGGUGGUGCGGACGAUAAAGGAGAAGUGCUGCUAUGUUGCUCUGAAUCCCGCGAAGGAAGAGAAGGAUUCGCUCGGGCGAGGAGAGGAAUUUCGUUUACCUGAUGGUAACACUGUUCAGUUGGGCCCCGAACGGUUCCGCGCACCAGAGAUCUUGUUCAACCCAGAACUGAUCGGUCAGGAAUAUGCUGGUGUUCACCAAGUUGUUGUCGACUCGAUCAACCGGGUGGACUUAGACCUGCGGAAAAGCCUCUUCUCCAACAUCGUCCUCAGUGGAGGCAGCACGCUUUGUCGCGGCUUCGGUGAUCGACUGUUGAAUGAGGUGAAGAAGCUUGCCUUGAAAGACGUGAAAAUCAAGAUAUACGCGCCUCCCGAGCGCAAGUAUUCCACAUGGAUUGGAGGGUCUAUCCUUGCAGGUCUUAACACAUUCAAGAAGAUGUGGGUUUCGGCAGAGGAAUACCAAGAAGAUCCAGAUAUCAUCCAUAGGAAGCUAGGUUUCUGA